AAAGCAGUCGAAGUGAUCACGCGUCGAAAUUUAAAAACACUCUUUGACUCGGUGGCGGAUAUACUGGUUAAAGCUAAAGUUAUAGACGUAUAGUGUCAUCCUAAAUACAAUGGAGCCAUUACACGAAGAGUCUAUCAAAAUGUAUUUUUAUGAGAACAGACUGAAAACUUUUGAGGGGUGGCCGUUUGUCGAAGACUGUUUGUGUACACCGGAGAACAUGGCCAAAGCUGGCUUCAUUCACACCCCUUCAGACAACAGCCCAGACAUCGCCAUGUGUUUCUUCUGCCUGAAGGAGCUGGAGGGCUGGGAGCCAGAGGAUGACCCACAAAAGGAGCACAAAUCUCAUUCAUCAUCCUGCCAAUUCCUCGCCCUGAAGAAGAAAGUAGAAGAGCUGACUGUGGAGGAAUUCUACAAACUACAGAAGGAGAAGCACAAAUUUGAGAUUAACAAAUCCUGUAACGAAGACAUCACCAAGUUUGAAGAGGCAGGCAAAUUGAGAAGAGCGGGUAUCAUCAAGACAGCCAUGGGUGAAGAGUGACGCGAUAAUGGAUGUGUGUGUGUGUGUGUGUGUGUGUGUCAUUGUAGCUGACUCAAUAUCUAUAUUCCUUUUGUCUUCUUUGUAACACUCUUCAACAGUCUUCAAUUGUUGCUGUCGUCAUUUUAUCUGUUUGUAUUCAUUAAACUUGUUCUUUCCACGUA